AUGUGCAAACAUACGGAAAUUUGCAUCGACAUUGAUAAAGUCUGUAAUGGCCGAUGGGACUGCUAUGACGGCAGCGAUGAAGAUAUGCGGGGAAUAUGUGCAGGCAAUUUCUCAUGUUCCAACAAGGAAUUCAGAUGCGAUUCGAUGAUGUGUAUACCUGAGCAUUUGGUAUGCGAUGGACGACCUGACUGUGAAGAUCGUAGCGACGAGAAGUGGACGGUGUGCAAAGACCGUGUGCAGAAUUGCGUUAAGGGCACCUUUGCGUGUGCUCCUACGAAGCAGUGUCUACCGGACAGCUGGAAAUGUGACGGACGAGUUGAUUGUCCGGAUCGAUCGGACGAAAGAAAUUGCGAGCCUCGUGACUGCGAUGCCGACCACUUCCAGUGUUUGACCGGUCAGUGCAUUCCUUUACAAUGGGCGUGCGACGGACGCGCAAACUGCCGAGACGGUUCGGACGAGUUACACUGCUACGAGGUAGGUGGCACGGACGAGUUUCUGGUCCAUUUUCUCGUUUUAAACAUUGCUUCAGGCUCGACGCGAUACUGCAGAAAACUCAACGAAUACCUCUGCCGUCGUGAACAACGAUGUAUCCGACGAAGCGCCGUCUGUGACGGCAUCGAAGAUUGCGUUGAUGGGCAGGAUGAAAGGAAAUGUCAUGGAAAGAAGUGUGCGCUUGGUUUGUUCAGUUGCCGUAAUGGUCAGCAAUGUAUCGCCGGACAUUUGGAAUGUGACGGUGUGGCUGACUGUGAUGACGCGAGCGAUGAGCAUGAGCAUUGUUCAUUCAAUGCAAAAGUUGUUGAAGCCCGGUGUCAAGCUCCCGACAUCACAUGCCGCACAUUUACGGGAAUCGUCUGUCUUCCAGCGGCAAAGAUAUGUGACGGGAAUCCGGACUGCUAUGAUGCCAAAGACGAGGAGUUCUGCGGUUUGAUGAACAACAAAGGUAUAGUUAUUCUGGUGCUUAACUACUGA